UUUCACUGAUGGAGAUGAAACCUCCUAUUUCCCGAGCAAAAAUGAUUCUCAUCACAAAAGCUGCCAUUAAAGCUAUUAAGCUCUACAAGCAUGUUGUCCAGAUUGUAGAGAAGUUUAUCAAAAAGUGCAAACCGGAAUAUAAAGUCCCUGGAUUGUACGUUAUUGACUCUAUUGUUCGUCAGUCUCGUCACCAGUUUGGAACGGACAAAGAUGUUUUUGGGCCAAGAUUCUCUAAAAAUAUUACUGCCACAUUCCAGUAUUUGUAUCUCUGUCCAUCUGAAGACAAGAGUAAAAUAGUCCGUGUCCUGAACCUUUGGCAGAAAAAUGGAGUAUUUAAAAUUGAAAUAAUUCAACCUCUUCUGGAUAUGGCAGCAGGAACUAGUGCCACUGCACCAAUGACAGAAAAUGCUACUAAUAAUGAAGGUUCGCCACCCCCUCCAGCAAAGGUUCCUUCGGAGCCCCCUCAAGUUACUGCUAACUCAGUACCUACUGUGCCACAGUUGCCCAGUUCUGAUGCCUUUGCAGCUGUAGCUCAGUUGUUUCAAACAACACAAGGACAGCAGCUUCAGCAAAUUCUUCAGACUUUUCAGCAGCCUCAAAAACCCCAGUCACCUGUCAUAGAUAACACUGUGAUGGCUCAGGUUCAAGCUAUUACUGCUCAGUUGAAAACUACAGCAGCACAACCACCAGAACAAAAAGCUGCUUUCCCACCACCUGAGCAAAAAACAUCAUUUGACAAAAAGCUGCUAGAUAGGUUUGACUAUGACGAUGAACCAGAAGCAGUGGAAGAUUCAAAGAAAGAAGAUUCAGCGCCUUCUCCUUCAGUUUCUCAGCCAGCUUUGAGCUCUCUCUCAUUCAGUGCACAGGCUGGAUGGUGCUCAGUACCUGGUGGAUUUCCAGGAGAAGGUAUGCAGCAGCCAGUGUUUCCUCAGCUCCCAAAUAUGGAUCCUUUUCAGCAACGAAUGAUGGGAAUACAACAGGAUCCAAUGCGUCACCAGGUUCCACUUCCUCCUAAUGGGCAAAUGCCAGGUUUUGGUCUCCUUCCUACCCCACAGUUUCCACCCAUGGCUCAGCCUGUGAUUCCACCAGCAGCACCUGUGCAGCAAACUUUUCAGUCUCCUUUUCCAGUACAGAGUGAAUCACACAUGCAAAAACCACAUCAACAGGAUAUGGAAGUGGAACAGCCACCUAUUCAAGAAGGAAAACGGCAUGUGUCUGAAAACAGAAAGUCAAGAUCUAGGUCUGCAUCAAGGUCACCUAAAAGGAGACGUUCAAGAUCUGGUUCCCGAUCUCGAAGGUCACGUCAUCGUCGAUCUCGAUCCCGGUCCAGGGAUAGACGCCGACACUCUCCGAAGUCUCGGUCACAAGAAAGACGUGAACGUGAGAGGGAGAGAGAACGCAGGUCAAAAGGCCUUCCUCAGAUCAAGUCAGAAACUGUUAGUGUUUGUAGUACUACACUUUGGGUAGGACAACUUGACAAAAGGACUACUCAACAGGAUGUUGGAAGUCUUUUGGAGGAGUUUGGCCCAAUUGAAUCAAUAAAU